UACCGCUUACCGAAACAAGAAGGUCGUACACAGCAGUUUUACAUUGAGGCAGGGAAGAAAUCAGAUCGUAAUCAUGCUGGGACAAGCUGUAAGGCGGUUCACAACGUCUGCUGUUCGUUCUUCACACUAUGCUGAAGGACCAGGGAAGAACCUGCCAUUUUCCGUGGACAACAAGUGGCGUCUGCUCGGCAUGAUGGUGGUGUUCUUUGGCAGUGGCUUUGCAUUCCCCUUCAUCGUCGUCAGACAUCAGAUCCUGAAGAAGUAAAAUGUCCCAGAGCUAUUACUCAACCUUCAAGGUCGUCAGCUGGAACAUAUUUAUCCAUCAGAGAUCUGUCCAGGCAGAAGAAUGGGAAUUUCUUGAUUUUCUUUGUAAAUAAAGUUUCCUCAAAUAUGAA